GCUAUCCGACUCGUCAUUCCAUUGUUUUCUCCGAGUUUGUGUGUACGAUUCGUGGAGUUCGUACCGUUCGUACAGGGCUGUCCGCUGUAGGUUCGUGGUGUUGGAGUGGGGUUCGGGCCAGCCGGGAGUAUCGUUGAUCCACAAGUGUCAUAAAACUGAUUAGCGAAUCAAUGGAGUAAAAUAAGAGCGAAACGGAGGCUGGUAUAGGUGUCGAUGUGUCAUCCGUGUCCAGUGAGGUUAUUGGCAGCAAUAUUAGCAGCGUGAUUACAUCAACACAAUCGCGUGGAACAAUAGAGGUGAAAUUAUGCCACCCUCGUCUCACUCGAAUUGGACGAAACCGCUGCUGAAGGGUGGCCAGAUGAUGCAGAUGCAGGUAAAACGGGCCGCCGGAUCGACAACCCAGAAUGGUGCUUCCGGAGAUCACGCUCCCCUUGAUCGGAGAAUUAAAGUUGUUCUCGUCGGCGACGGUGCCGUGGGGAAAACUAGCCUCGUCGUUUCAUAUUCGACUAAUGGUUUCCCCGGCGAAUACGUUCCCACGGCCUUCGAUAAUUACAACGUUGUUGUCAAUGUCGAUGGACAGCCUGUGAACGUUCAGCUAUGUGACACAGCAGGACAAGACGACUUCGACCCUCUGCGAUCGCUAUGCUAUCCAGAGACAGAUGUAUUUCUGGUUUGCUUCAGUGUUGUAAAUCCGUCGUCUUAUCAUAGCGUUGCAACUAGAUGGGUUGAAGAAGUGCGUAAGAAUUGUCCGAAUGCUCCAAUUAUUCUGGUGGGCACAAAAAGCGAUCUAAGAUCAGAUGUUCAACUAAUGUUACAAUUAGCAAGAUAUGGACAGGGACCAAUUACAGCAAUCCAAGGUCAUCAACUAGCUCAACGAUUAGGUGCUGUGAGCUAUGUUGAAACCUCAGCGCUAACUCAGCAGGAAUUGAAGGAGGCCUUUGAUCAAGCAAUAGUUAGUGCAUUGAGUACACGACGUGGUGGUGCCAGUUUAGUCUACCGGCGUAGAAAACCACCACCAUUCUGGCGCAGAUGGCUGUGUUGUUGGGAAAGACAGCGGUCUUCCGACGCGUAAAAAUUUACAUUUAGACUCUCUAGAUUUUCACUGUGAUCAACCGUGGCUGCCUUGCCGUCAGAAUCGUUUCGUCUCCUUAAAACCUUUUAUUGAAAUUUUGACAUAGCUGAACAAUUUCGGAUGUAUAAUAGAAUCAAAAUAUUGUUGAAUAAUGCGGAAUCACGUUGCAAAUGAAAACUCUUAUGCAAAGUACGUGUAAAAACUGUAUGUCGAGGCGAAAAGGUGUCUUAGUUAACAUGCAGGACGAAAUGCAGUUUCAAGUUUUUAGUGUUGUGAAAAAAAAUUCAAUUUGUGACCUCAGUAUCAGUUGAUUCUGCAUGGAAUGUUAAAUUGUAUAUAUCAAAUUGAAUGAUUUUAAAGGUUAGUGAUCAACGUGAUAUAAAAAUAGCUAAAUUAUUACCAAGAAAGGUGGAUAUUAAAACUAGUAUUGUGUUCAAAUUACGCGUUAAAAACUAUUCUAUAAUAUUUCUUGGUUGUAUAUUGGUCGUAAUUCUUGAUGGUUGUCUUCCAAUACCCGGAUUAUUAUAAAUUAUUAGUCUCUUAUUGUUAUUGGAUCAUUUGUUUUUCGUGUAGGUAUAAGUAUUAGAGAAGUUUUUACGUGAUAAAAUAUGGACAUGCUAUUUGAAAGAAUUAAUAAUCAAUUUUUCUAUCAUUUGCUACUUGUGAAGUCAUUACAUGUUGCAUGUCGGUGAUUUACUUGCCUGUACUUUAUCUUGAGAUUCAGGUUAUUGAAUACACUAACGAUUCUUUAUUUACCAACUAUAAGUAUCAAAUGAUUAUUAUUUAUAAGUUAGGUAGCUACUGCUGAAAAAAUACAGGGUUGUUAUGUUGAACUUAUUCAAGAAUUUCGGCAUUUGUAAAGUGAGUUGUUACGAGAAAUAUGUGAAAUAUUAUGUCGAUUGAUAGAUGACGUUGAACAGAUUCUGACGGUUGGGUUUAGGCCUCUCUUAACAAUAUUCCUGAUGCCUGUACUGGCGUAAUUUAUUAUUCUUGUAUUACUUGUAUUUUAUGUAUCCCCCUCCCCCCUUAUUCUAGAGUAUUGGCAACUCGCCGGUUGUGAUUUAUUUAUGAAUGAUGCAGAGGCUAUUCUUACUUCUAUUGAAAUAAAUUCUAAAAUAUGUUACGUUUUUUUGACUACUACAUUACAUUUAACAAUGCAACGUAAUUAUUAUUAAAUUGUAGACAUGUUUUUUGACUGCGCAACAAGUAU